UGGAAGAUGAUUGCACAGCACAUAUCGACAUGGAGUCGGCAGCAAUUUCCGCCGGCAGAUUAUCCGUGACCCGACGAUCCAGAUACCGCAGUACCUUACGGUGCCACGUAACUAUAAAAGCACCAGUUGACAGGAAAAUCGUGGUCGUUUUCAGAGAAAUGGACAUUGAGUGGGAACCAAACUGCGACGAUGAUUUUGUGAGCUUACAUGACGGUCCAAACACCACUGCAGCAAUCUUGCGCGGUACACAACCACGGAUGUGCGGCCACACAAUACCUCCUGGCGACUACGUUACCACAGGACAUCAGCUGACUGUGAUGUUCCAAAGUGAUGUGUAUAAACAAGACAACGGGUUCGAGAUCGUCUUUACAUCUUUUCACACAGCUCAAUCUUGUUUCGUGGACGAGUUUAUGUGUAGUAAUAAACGAUGUAUAGCUUCUUCCCUUCAUUGUAACAACUUUAACAACUGCGGGGACGAAUCCGAUGAAUGCGAGGUUGAUACAGAGGUUGUUGUGGCAAUCGUGCUGAGCGUGUUUCUGCUGACUGUUGUUGGUGUUGGUGCGAUACUUCUCUAUAGGAAACGAAACAGAAAACACGGGCGUCAGAGGCAACAGGAUUUAAAAGCAGCAAUUGUUGAAGUAUCGAAGUUGAGCAAGGGUCUUGAAUCAGUUGAAAUUCACCCUUGUGAGGCCUGUUCUAUAAAGAUUGUGUCUGCCGAGAAAAAGAAGAGAAUGGCCGGACAGGCCCGGCAAUUGGAAGGAAACCAAAACGAGGCUUACCAGGAAGAAUACGUUGCUGGGAUGUCGCGCGUCUAUAAAGAGACACUCGGGGCACGCUUUUCUGAAACCAGCUAUAGGGCUUCCAUUUGAUAGCCUUAUUCAAACAAUUUCCAUUCAUUUACAAUACAGCAGUUUACUUUUAUAAUAUUAUCCAACAUCACAUUUCAUUUUCAAUGUUCACUUUGUUUGCCUGGAUGCAGACGAGUUCAUGUUGAGUGCAUGACCUAU